ACACACACACACACGAACACACACACACACGGACACAUGCACGCAACCUUCCCGUCUACGCACACGACUUGCAAAAGGUUGUUAUGGCAUUCGCCGUCGCAUUUAGUAACCGGAGCAAAAUAACAUAGCAUACUUUUUAGGGGAUGCAAUCGUCUAGUUGCAACAUCCGCGUCGGCUGCAUUGAUUGGCGCUCGGCCGCCGCAAAUUGGCCACGGGGCGCCCGCUGUGGCACAUGCGCAGGCGCAGCACAGCGACUGGCCUUUGCGUUACGUAACUGCAGCAGCAGCAGCAGCAGCAGCAGAGGCCGCAGCAGCAGCAGCAGCAGCAGAGGCCGCAGCAGCGACUGCUCGACGAAGGAUGCUGCUGCCAGCAGCACAAUGCCAUGAACAAUUGCCUGUGUGUGUGUGUAAGAGUGUGUAAGAGUGUGCGUGUGUUAUGGACAGGCAACUACAUGGGCCAAAGGCCAGGUCAGAUGCUCAACUGCACUUGUUGCUGACGGUACGCGAAACGUUGUGUAGCAAUAAAUACAAUUUAUAAAUAAUCGCAAAUUUAAUAUCAAUUUCUUUCGCUUUUGCCAGCAACUAAAAAAAAAAAAAAACAAAAUGUGGCACACAUUUAAACGUAUUGAAAUUAGCUGCCGCGUGAAUGUUACCUAAAAAGCAAAACUUAAAAAAUAAAAUAAAUAAUACAAAAAAUGAUCAAAAUAGAAAUAUGUAAAACUCAAAUUGUGAACUGAACAAAGUUGAGUGCAAAGGUGUGUGUGUUUGUUUUUUUCAUAUUGUUUAAACAAAUUUGAAAAAAACCAACAAUCUGGAAGAGGAUUAUCUAUCGAAUGCAAAGAUGGACGAGGAGAGCGACGAUAAGGAUGAUACAAAAAGUCUUCUUUGCAGAAGAUCCCGAAAUCUGAGCGAAAAGAAGCGUCGGGAUCAAUUCAAUUCGCUGGUUAACGAUUUGAGUGGACUGAUAACCACAUCGAAUCGCAAAAUGGACAAAUCAACGGUGCUGAAGUCCACAAUCUCAUUCCUAAGGCAUCACAAUGAGGCAACGGAUCGCUCCAAGGUGUUCGAGAUUGAGCAGGAAUGGAAGCCCACAUUUCUGACUAACGAUGAGUUUUCCCACUUGAUGCUUGAGUCCUUGGAUGCUUUCAUGGUGGUCUUCAACAGUGUGGGCUCCAUAUUCUAUGCCUCGGAAAGUGUUGCCUCGCAGCUCGGCUACAUGCCGUGUGAGCUGUACAGUAAGAACUUUUAUGAUGUGACCUAUGAGCUGGAUCAGGAGGCCCUAAUGAACGUCUUUGUGAAUCCAGCGCCCGUCGUCGAGCCCAACCAGACGGACAUCGGUGCCAGCAAUCAGAUUACCUUCUAUAUCCAUUUGAAACGCGGCUGGAAUGAGAAUAAGGAUUCGAGUUCGUACGAGCUGGUGAAAUUCGUGGGUUAUUUUCGAAUCGAUGACAAUACCAAUGCGAACGACAGCCCGGACACCCAGAACCUGCCACGCAUCCUGCAGCAGCAUUCCGGCGUGGAGCUGGACAGGCGGCUAGUGUUUGUGGGCACGGGCCGCAUACAGACGCCGCAGCUGAUACGCGAUAUGAGCAUCGUCGAGCCCAACGGCACCGAGUUCACCUCGAAGCACAGCAUGGAGUGGAAGUUUCUGUUUCUCGACCAUCGAGCGCCGCCCAUCAUUGGCUACAUGCCGUUCGAGGUGCUGGGCACCUCCGGCUACGAUUACUAUCACUUCGAUGAUCUGGACAAUAUUGUGGCCUGCCAUGAGGAAUUGCGCCAGACGGGCGAGGGCAAGUCCUGCUAUUAUCGCUUUCUGACCAAGGGCCAGCAAUACAUUUGGCUGCAGACGGACUACUACGUCAGCUACCAUCAGUACAGCUCCAAGCCGGACUAUGUGGUCUGCACGCACAAGGUGAUCAGCUAUACGGAGGUGCUGAAUGGGGCGAGCAGGGACCCACAGACGCCCCUCCAGGCGCCCAAGUCCAGCUCGAGCAGCAGCAAGUGCGCCUCGGCGACGACAACGCUGCGUGACUUGGAGCUGAGCAGCCAGCAUCUGGACAGCCAUGUGCUGGACAAUAUGCUGGCCAAUCUGAGCAAUGAACAGACAGCUGCAGCCGCCUCACCCACGAUGGACUCCUCGCCCAUGUGGUCGACGGGUGCAGCGCCAGCCGCCUCCUUGAAUCCCCUAAAGACCUCUAGACCCGCCUCCAGCUAUGGCAACAUCAGCUCCACGGGCAUCUCGCCGAAGGCCAAGCGCAAAUGUUACAUGAACUACAACAGUCGCGGCAACGAAUCGGACUCCACGUCCAUGUCCACGGACUCGGUUACCAGCAGGCAAUCCCUCAUGACGCACUGCAGCUCGAGUCAUCGUCAGCGCUCGAAUCUUCAUGCACGGGAGCACAGCCAGCGGCAUCAUGCGCAGCAGCAGCAAUACUCAAACCACCAGCACCAGCAACAUCAACAGCAGCAGCAGCAGCAGCAACAGUUGCAGCUGCAUCAGCCCAAGAUAUUGCCGAUGUUGCCGCUGGCGCCGGCGCAGAUCGUUGCCGGCAACGCCUGCCAGCUAACACAGCCCAGCUAUUCGCUGACCACACCGCAGCUGAUGGCGCCCAGUUUUCUGGAACCGCCACAAUAUCUGGCCGCCAUACCCGUGCAGCCGGUGAUGGGCCCAUUUCCGGUGGCGCCCGUGCUGUCGCCGUUGCCGGUGUCGGUGCCGGUGUCGGUGCCGGUGUCGGUGCAGGGGCAGCAGCCGGAACUGCUGCCGGGCGCCGUGGUGAUGACCACCACGCAGAGUCAGCUGCAGGAUCAGCUGCAGCGCAAGCAUGACGAGCUGCAGAAGCUGAUCAUGCAGCAGCAGGACGAGCUGCGCAUCGUCUCCGAGCAACUGUUGCUCGCGCGCUACACGUACCUGCAGCCGGUGAUGCCCGUCAGCUUUGCCACCACCAAUAUGACAGCUGCUGCCGCCGUUGCCGGCGCCAAUAUGCAGCGCAGCCUCAAUUUCAGGGGCAGCAAUACCGUGGAGCCGCAGUUCAAUCAGUACGGCUUUGCGCUCAACACGGAGCAGAUGCUGAACCAGCAGGACCAGCAGAUGCUGAUGCGCCAGCAACAUAAUCUGCACAGUCAGCAGCAGCACAAUCACAAUCUGCAGCAGCAGCAGCAGCUGCAGCAACAGCUGCAGUUGCAGCAGACCCACCAGCAUCAGCAGCAGCACCACCGGCAGCAGCUGCAGCUGCAGCACAGCCUGCAACAGCAGCAGCAGCAGCACCUGCAACACCAGCAGCAUCAGCAGCAGCAGCAACAGUUGCAGCUGCAGCACCAGAGCAGCAUGUUGUCGCGCGAGGAUAUGGAGGAUAUCGAUGCAUUUCUCAAUCUGUCGCCGCUGCAAUCGCUCGACUCGCAGCUCAACAGCAACUGCAACGGCAGCAACAACAACUCGAAUGCGCCGCAGAAUACGAAUGAGGACUCGCUGCUCUCGUACAUGCAACUGGCCACCGAAUCGAGUCCCUCGCUCAACUUUCCCAUGGGCAUGAGCGACGACGGCUCCGAGACGCACAGCGAGGACAACCAGAUGAUGCACAGCAGCACGCAGCAGCAACAUCUACUGCAACAGCAGCAGCAGCAGCAGCAGCAACUGUUGCAGCCGCAGCAGGCGAGCAGCUUUUUCGCCUCGAAUCCUUUUCAAUCGACCCAAAGUCAGCUGCCCAACGAUCUGGAGAUAUUGCCAUAUCAAAUGUCGCAGGAGCAAUCGCAGAAUCUGUUCGAUUCGCCGCAUGCGGCUGGCAAAAGUCAAUAGUAUACGGCCAGCCUGGGGGC